AUGUACGCCGAUCACGUUGACCAACCUUUGGGAAGUAUAUGUUGGUGGUCUGACGGGUUCCGCGACAUGAUGAGGGCAGAUUUGAAGGCAGUCUCUGAUUUCUGCACCGUGAGAGGUGUUGUAUACAACAUGGAUCCGUAUUAUUUGGGGUUUUCACCUGUAUUCGUACUUAACCGAGAAAUGUGCCCGGAUAUAACUCGUUUUUGGACGGAGUCUCAUGUCAUUCACCACAUCAAGAAUGUUGCGUUGGUGAGUCCUGAAGUUGACUUCAAUAGGUUUUUUGACUUUUUGGCACUCUCAACUAUGUGCAAAAAGAAUUGGAACUUUUUGACCGAUGCGACGAAUGUUGAUGAUGUUUUGUAUCCAACAGAUCUGCUGUGGGAAGCUUGGACAAAGGGUGUGCGUGUGACAAAGGGGCAUCACGCAUUAUAUAAAACUCGCUUGUACGCCCUUGACACGGUGUCGAAAAAUAUGGAAUCAUCCUAUCGAAGCACGGGAAAGAAUGUAAUGACUUUGGAAAAAUCAUUACGAAUGUAUCGACAGCAGGCGCUGACUAAGAUAGCUGCCGAGUGUUUAGAUUUACCCUUCGUACCCGAACCUCCGCGCUUUGCCGCGCAGCAUGUCGGUGUUGUAGCACUCUUUGAAGGGGAAUAUAUCGCACAUUGGGAACAAUAUACAGCAAAAGAAGCAGCAGCAAAGAAUGCUAAUAGGAGCAAAACAGAUACGUGGCCUUCAACUGAUAAUUCGAAGGCAGAGCCUUUUCUUACAAAAGCGAGAAAAGGUCUGUCGGAAAUGAAACGAAACAUAGCUGACUCCCUUGGUCGUUUGAAGAGUAAAAGUAAGGAUGAUUCGGAUAAUAAGCUAAUGGCAAGUGAUAUAAAAACCAUUAAGGCUUCGCAUCUAAAGAAACAUUGUGACUCAUGGGAAGCAAACAAAAUCUCAUUGUGCAAAGGAUCAUAUAUGAGUGAUGAUCGUUGUAUAAAUAUGGUGAACCUUGUGGUUAAUCGAUUCAAGUCAUUCUUGAAAAACUGCAAAAAAGGCGCCGUGUACGGUAGUGCACGUGAAGUGUAUGAGGCGUAUGAGACAUUCCAUCUUAGCCGGGAUUACGAAACGACAGUUCUGGUGUUCAAACCGUCUAACCAAAAACGUAAAGCAAACUCACGCGUGAUACCGAAUUCACUGUGGCGAUGGCAGCGUGGUGAUGAUUCAUGCUUUCUCGGGGCUCUGAAGUCAGUUCGUUCAUUGUCUCACGUACAGGAUGAGGUUCACGCUACGAAGGUCGAGCGCCUACGGUACAUAUUGGGUGAAUGGCUCCGUGUAAGCGGUGUAAACAUAAAUAGUGGCGUCGUUAGCCUCAUGUCUGAAGGCUCUACUCCAUGA